AUGUUCUAUUUUCUGUUCUGUUCCGGUUUCCCUGUUAACGUGUAACAUUCACCGCAAGAUUCCGAAGUGACUUAAUGAACAACCUACGAUGUCGAUUAACAAUUACCAAUGACGAAAAAAGAGAUAAAAAAUACGAACAAAAACUAUGGGCAAUCUAUCCCAGAUGGCCCAACAUUCAGUGGCCCUGAUCAUAAAAGGUCUUUUACAGAUGUCAUAUGCUGCCUGAUUUUUGUUGCCGCUAUGGUCGGCUAUGUAAUCCUUGGUGGUGCAGCUUGGCUUUAUGGAAAUCCUCAGUACAUCACCAAGGAGCAAAACUCUGCUGGGGCUUUUUGUGGAAUGGGACCAAACUUCGAUAAACCCAAUUUGUUUUAUUUCAACAUACUGAAGUGUGCGUUAGCAGUCAAUGUAACUGCAUCGACAUUCAAAGGCCUUCAGUGUCCAACAACUCAAGUGUGCAUUAAGAAUUGCCCCUCAACAUUUUGGUUUUUGCCCCAGACAGCAUUUUCUGCAGGGGCAAAACCGAGUGAAUUCUUUCAGCAGGAGUUCUGUGACCCCAGUUUGGACCUUGCCCAGACCACAUUUACAGUGCAAGAAAUCCUGGACAAAGGGCUGUGCCCAGCAUAUUAUACUCCAAGCACACUAGUUCAGGGAAAAUGUCUCCCCAGUUUUGAUCCAAAAGAUGUUCCAGUAGACUUCAAUUUUUACAAAUCGACUUUUGGUAAUGACACAGUAAAGGUCAUAAUGGACACUUCAAGCUCUCUGGGGGCAGGCUUUAAUCUCAAAUCCAGAACAGUCAGGAUCAUCGAGGACCUCGCCAUUACCUGGUAUUGGAUAUUAGUAGGUCUGGUGAUUGCACUGGUGGUCAGUUUAGUGCUGCUCCUGCUGAUGCGAUGCUGUGUGUCUCUGGUGUCCAUACUUUUCCACCCUGGUCUUCUGUCACUGGGAGCAUACGGCAUUUACCAAUGUUACCAGUAUGAGAAAGACAUCAACUCACAGCUCACACUUGGUGACCUCAGUUUUCAAUCCAAGAUGUCAGAAUACCUCCAAGUAAAGGGGAUCUGGCUGGGUUGCAUCGUGACUGUUUGCCUCCUGGAGUUUAUCCUGGUGAUGCUGUUUAUAUCAUAUUUAAGAAAAGGACUCACAGCAGCACUGGCAUUGAUGAAGGAGUGCAGCAAGGCGAUGGGUGUACUAUCAUCUACAAUGGCAUACCCACUGGUCACUUUUCUGCUGGUCAUGCUCUGUAUGACCUUCUUUAUAGUGACUAAUGUAAAUCUGGUGACUUCUGGAUUGCCAGUGUAUAAAAAACUUGCACUGAACACCUCAAAUGCAAACUGUACUGCAGUCACCGGUGAAGAAAAAUGUGUCCCUGAAAAGUUCAAGGCAUCGGACUAUCCAACGUGUCCUGUGCGCUGUGUAUUUGUGCGUUAUGAUGAGGAAGAAGGGUUUUUUCAAAGACAUGCACAAAACUUUCAGAUUUAUAACUUGCUGGCAUGUCUUUGGUGCCUUAAUUUCAUUAUUACACUGGGCCAAUGCACAUUAGCGAGGACCUUCAGCAGCUACUAUUGGUCAUUAAGCAACCUGCAGAACAUCCACCGAUCUAUUGUGUCUAAGGCACUCUUCCAGAUGUUACGGUACCAUACUGGCUCCAUGGCGUUUGGUGCCAUCUUUGUCAACAUGUUCCAGGGUAUACGGAUGUUCCUGGAAUUUCUCAAAGACGUAACCAGGGGUGGACAGAGAUGUUGUUGCUGUUGCAUGCCUCUAAUGAUGCCUCUAAAAUGUUGCUUUUGUGUCUUGGAUAAAGUCCUGAAGUACUUUACCCGAAACACCUACAUAAUGAUUGCAACGCAUGGAGACAAUUUCUUCACGUCAGCCAAGAACGCUCACAUGCUCUGUGAGAGGAACAAGGACCGCGUGCGGAUGGUGGACCGGACAACAGACUGGCUGCUGUUCUUCGGGAGACUGCUGGUGGUCGGAGCGAUUGGUGUCUUGGCCUUCUACUUUUUUAAUGGAGACAUUCCAGUGUCAGCUGACAUCUUCCAGGUGAAGUUGCUGAGCUUUCGCUGGCUGCAUUUUACUGUGGUGAUUGUGGGAACGUACUUCAUCGCUGAGGGCUGCUUUAGCGUGUACAGCAUUGGAGUUGACACGUUCACCAUCUGCGUCAUGGAUGAUCUGGAGCGCAAUGAUGGGACUUUUCAGAGACCCUACAUGUCAAGGACCUUGCAGCAGAUCCUACAACUUCAAGAUGACCCUGUUCUUUAAAAAAAUCAAACAAAUGAAAAUUAUUUGUAUAUAUUUUUCAUAUAUAUAUUGUAGUGGAAAUUUUAAAUAUCAUGAGUGUUUAUAUGUGUUUUCAAAGUAAAUUCUGUGUGUCUGACUAGGGAGAGAGGUCAAGAGGCCCUUGAUCUUGCCAUAAACAUUCCACAUGCUAAAAGGAUGGGAACUUUAGUGGAGUGUGGGUGCAUGUUCUUGAUAAGAUCUGACCUUGCUGAGGUGGCCGGGGGGGUCACCUAAACACAAAUGCACACACACCAACACACAUAUACCAACACACAUAAAAGACUACACAAAUACACAUCUAGGGUAUAAAGGUAGAGCUGAAUCAUUAGAAUUUGCCUCUUCACUCUGUAGACUUCGCACUCUACACUGUAUGGAAGAUGCCUUUUGCUGUAGCAAAAUAAAAUUCUUUCUUUACUUCUUUGCUUUUACCACUACCACCUCUAAGACUGUGUUUUUUACAUGUAGAUCAAAACUGUCACAACAAUAUAUAUGUCAGGAACUUCUGGGACAAUUCUGUCAGGCCACCGAAGGGGGUGAUGACAGAUUCUGGUUUCAAGGUCCCACCUGUUUCUUGUUAUGCCUAAUGUGCUGUCUUAUAAAUACAUGCCCUUGUGUAACUGUUUGUCAUUGUUAUAUGUCAUGUUUUUGCCCUGCCUUCUUAUGUUAAUAUUGCUAUAUGAUGUUAGUUUGUCUUACAACAAUAAAUGUGUUACUUUGUA